UGAUGUUGAAUGUCUAGAUUAUGUAAGACUUCCGACCACCGAGGUUGAACCGCAGCAACGCGGGACAGACUGCACGGCCCACCCAGGCGUCAUCUUCAUACAUACCGUAGCUGUGGUAGGGCAGCCACUUGUCUCGACCAUAGAACCAACUUUCAACCAGAUCUUCAGAAUAAAACACCUGUUUUGUUCGAAACUUUCACCUACAACUACCCUGAAAUCCCCUAGAAUACUGAACAAUCCGCGAACAUGGCAGGCGAUCCAAGAGCACUGCUCCGUCAGGCCGAACAGAGCUUGCAGAAAGCGUCCGGAGGAUUCAGUUUAUUCGGAGGACGCCAGGAGAAAUAUGAGGCAGCAGCAGAGCAGUUCAUUGCUGCAGCAAACGCAUUCCGAAUGCAGAAGAUGGGCAAAGAAGCUGGUGAAGCAUUCGAGAAGGCAGCAUCGGUGCAGCGCCAACAGCUCAACGAGCCCGACGAUGAAGCCAACACACUCACAGAAGCUUUCAAGGCAUACAAGAAAGAUGACUCAGAAGCCGCGGCGAGAUGUCUGGACAAGGCCAUUGCGCAUUAUUGCGCCAAAGGCAACUUCCGUCGCGCGGCAACGCACAAGCAAAACCUCGGCGAGCUGUUCGAGAUCGAGCUUGGCGACAACGGGCGCGCGGGCGCAGCCUUCGAAGAAGCUGCUGGUUGGUACGAAAGCGAUAACGCAGAGGCCCUCGCCAACAAACUUUGGCUCAAGACAGCCGAUCUCGUCGCUCUAGACGGCAAAGACUACUACAAAGCCAUCUCGCUGUACGAGAAAGUCGCAAAAUCCUCCAUCAACAACAACCUCAUGCGCUGGUCUGUAAAAGAGUACCUGUUGAAAGCAGGCAUCUGCCAGUUGUGCACGGGCGACCAGGUCGGUGUCAACGCUGCAUUGGACAGGUACAGGGACUUGGACCCUAGCUUCACGCAGCAGCGUGAACACCAGCUGCUCGUGGAUUUGGCGCAGGCAGUUGAGCAAGGCGACCAGGAUAUGUUCAGUGAAAAGCUAUUCCAAUACGAUCAGAUGAGCAAGCUGGAUAAGUGGAAAACGACACUGCUCUUGCGCAUCAAGGAGUCGGUGGAGAGCAAGGAAGAGGACUUCUCUUAA